UACUGGUUUACUGUUUCAAUGAUCAUUUUUCUCGCUCUCUUGAGUCUCUAAUUUCUAUUCUAUCUUCAAAUUUAGUUUUCCCUCUGCAAUAAUUAGAGUCUUAUUUAUCCAGUGAUCUUUCUGAUUUAAUUAUAAUUUUAUCUAUAAUUUUAUUGAUUUAUUUCUAGAAAUAAAUCCCAGUUUUGUUUCUGAUUUAUAAUUAUUUAUAAUUUAUGAUCUGAAAACCGUCAUAAAAUGGAUGUUUUUAUAAAAGUUCGGCGCCGGCUCAAUGUCGCCAAUAUUGUUCUUUUUGGGACAAAUCAAAAUGAAUUCCUUGUAAUCACAGCUGAAGACCAUGAUUUGAAGAUCAAUCAAACAAAGUUCUCUUCGCCUGAAUUGAGGUUCAAGGAAACGUCCAUGAGGUUGAAACCGGCGGCCGGCCAGGAUAGUUUAUGGUUCCGCGUUGAACUAAUGGCUGGGCUGGAGAUUGGAGACAGAAUAAACAUUGAGAUGAUUGCUACGCCGGACUUUGUGCCCAGAUCGGUUUUGAAGGCUCAAGCUCCUAAGCUGCGUUUGAAGGAGGACUACUCAAUUCAGUGCCGUUCAUGCUCUAGUAUUCUUGGAAGAAUGAAACCGGAAAGAAUUCUACCCCUACCAUCCUCUUCCUGGCGACAACAAACACAAAACUGGUUUUGUUGCGUAAACAAACUUGACGCACCCCCGGAUAUAUCUUUUAAAGCGUCAGAUAUACUUUUUGGACCCGGUCUCUGCGUUUUCCGUGAAGAAAUAUUUGACAACGAUAACAUCCUUUUACAGGAUUUGAAAGUAAAAUGUGUAUGCGGACUUUGUUUGGGGGAGAAGAUAGAAGAUACAUUCGAGAUUUUCAGCCACUCUCUGGAGUUUGUCUCCUCGCAAGAUAAAACUCCAUUAAAUCCCGAAAUGUCGUCGUUUCUGGACAACUUUGUGUGCAUUUUGAGCGCACGGAUUGAAGAAUCUGCUCAAAUUAUGCCACGCUUUACGUGCGUUGAUGAAAACGGUACUAAAUAUCAUAUUUGGGUGGUUGAUAAACAUCUUGAAUGCUACAGGAGUUCUAUUGGAGAGACCUUGGAAAAAGAGAUUGUGGCCAAGGUGGUGUUUACAUCAGGCCCCUCCCAACAGGCGUCAGAUGAAAUAUUUAUAAACAAACAAAUGAUGGGAGAAAGUAUUGAAUUUUUUAACAACAGCUGUGAUAAGUUCCCGAAUGAUCUCAAGUUUAUAAAUGGCUCAAAGGUUGCGUACAUUAAACAACUUUGAUAAUUUUUUCAGA